CAUCCAGCCUAGCCCAUCACCAGAUCUGAGCAGUGCUCAACUAGAUCAUCACUCUGAAGAGUUACAGAAGCUUUCUUCUAGAUCAACACUUGAGGCCAGGCGAAACUCUCUGACAAUGCGUGGAUUGAUUGUAUUUACAGCCCUCUUGGCUGUUGCCUAUGGCAUCGCUCCUCUUCAGCGUGCUCAGGAAAAGAUCAAGGACAAGUACCUUAUCAUGGUGGCCGACAAUGUCGACAUGAGGGAUUUCAAUGUCCGCCUUUUCGCAGCCUUCGCUUCCCAUGAUUUCAGGCUUGCCAAGAUCCUCAAAACUUUCAAAAACAUGAAGACCCUCUCACUUGAGCUCAGCGAGGAUGCCGUCGAAUUCGUCCGCAGGUUUGAUGGAGUCAUACAUGUUGAAGAGGAUGGUGUUGUCCGGGCUCAAGCCGUAGAAUCCUGGGGUCUUGAUCGUAUUGAUCAAAGGGACCUACCUCUUGAUGGCAGCUACAGCCCAACAAAUACUGGUGAGGAUGUGAAUGUAUACGUGAUUGAUACAGGUAUUCGUCCUUCUCACGUCGACUUCGAAGGUCGUGCUUCUGCUGCUUACGAUGCGUGCACAUUCAACAACGAUGGAAUAGACUGCAAUGGUCACGGUACACACUGUGCAGGAACCGUUGGUGGUACCAAUUACGGUGUCGCCAAGAAGGCAAAGAUCUUCGGAAUCCGCGUUCUCAAUUGUGUUGGAUCCGGGUCAUUCGCCAAUAUCAUAGAUGGAAUGGACUGGGUACGUGGGAAUGAACCAGGAGUUGUCUCCAUGUCUCUGGGAGGUGGUGCCUCCGACGCCGUUGAUGAGGCUGUCACGAACUUGAAAAAUGCUGGCUAUGUUGUCUCCGUCGCCGCUGGUAACGACAAUGCUAAUGCUUGCAAUUACUCCCCAGCCGGGGCUGCAGAUGCCUUAUCUGUUGGUGCCACCGAUAAUGCUGACACACGUGCCUCUUUCUCUAAUUAUGGCACCUGUGUCGACAUCUUCGCACCUGGAGUUAGUAUCACAUCGGCAUGGAUAGAUUCGGACACUGACACAUACACCAUUAGCGGUACUUCCAUGGCCUGCCCACACGUCUCAGGAGUUGCUGCUCUUACCCUUGAAGCCAACAAAGAUUUGACACCAGCUGAAGUCUAUGCUUCAAUCAAAAACAGCGCCACCAACGAUAAGGUGCAAGACCAGGGAUGGGGCUCACCAAACCUUCUUCUCUACACCAACUAAACGCAGUUAGCAGGUGGCUUGGAUUCAUGGCUCAGAAUAUGAUUUAUCGAGAAGACGAUGAAAAAAAACAUUAUGACGGUAUUAAUCGAUAAGAACGAAUAAAGAGUAAAAUUCAAUAAUGAA